AUCUCUGCUGAGUUUACCAAACUGCCCUUGGAGGCCACUGUGACAGAAGCCAGGGCAGGGGCCCCCCAGACUGCUGCCUGCCUUUCCCAGUUCCUUUUUCCAGGUAUCCUGAGCCCAACAAAGGUCCUAUCCAGGAGGUGCAGGAACAGAAGUGCCUGAAACCAUGGCCCAGGUGGAUCCCCAGAACAGGUUGGGUGCAGUGUCUCUUCUCUGCAGCUUGACUGAGGAGGCUCAUGCCCCCCAGAUGCUGAGCAUGAACUUGGAGAGUGAGGAUGAGGAUGGUGGGGAGACAGGAGACAGAGGGGGCAGCAGUAACCUUGAUCACCAGCUUCCUCCAAGAGGCAGCUCCCAAGUGACAAAUGACCAUCCCAGUUUGCCAUGGCAGCACGCACCUGGCAAGGAGGAAGAGAAAUUUUCUGACUCCGUUAGUGCUGAGGGUUUUGGGGGAAACCUAAUGCCGAUGCCUGGGAAGAAGGCCAGCUGGGGAAGAGAUGCGUCAAAGAUCCCCCAGACCCAGGCCUUGCCAGGGGCAAAUGCGGCUCCAGGUACCCUCCCCAGCAGCCUCUCACACAAGUUAAGUCAGAGGCAACCUCUUAGAGUCAUGUUAGCUACUGAUGGUGAUGAUGAAGACUUGAGGGCAAACCCGCACACCACCACGAUCGUCCCAUCCAGCUUGCCUGGUACCGGAAGGUACUUCUGCGCACAGAAAGGUGUAGGCACAUCUCCAGACAAUUCCUCUCCCGUGUGUUUCCCCAAGCCUGGGGGCAGCUGGAACCUUUCCACGCUGGAGACGCACACACCAGCCCAGAGAUCGGCCACCUCUGCCAACAUGGCAGCGGCUGCGAUGCCCAAAACACAGACAAGAGGCUGGAAGGAUCAGAACCCCUCAGGCACAGGUCAGGGGGCCCAAGGGGAGGCAAUUGCCUACAAGUGCUUGCGGGACGGGAGGGCCUUGCAAAAGCCCAGCAAGCCGCUGAACCCAGCCCAAACUCGGGGCAGCAAGCCUUACGCUUGCGAGCUGUGCGGGAAGGCUUACUCCCACCGCGGCACGCUGCAGCAGCACCGGCGCCUGCACACUGGUGAGCGACCCUACCGGUGCCCCUUCUGCGACAAGGCCUACACGUGGUCCUCUGAUCACCGCAAGCACCUCCGCACCCACACCGGCGAGAAACCCUACCGGUGCCCGGACUGCGGCAAGGCCUUUGUGCGCUCCUCAGAUCUGCGCAAACACCAGCGCAACAUGCACAGCAACGACAAGCCUUUUCCGUGCACUCAGUGUGGCCUGACCUUCAACAAGCCACUGUCGCUGCUGCGCCACCAGCGCACGCACCUGGGCGAGAAGCCCUUCCGCUGCCCCGCCUGCGACCGGGAGUUCGCAGUGGCCAGCCGGAUGAUGGAGCACCAGCGCGUGCACUCCGGGGAGCGGCCCUUCCCCUGCCCCACCUGUGGCAAGUGCUUCACCAAAUCCUCCAACCUGCUGGAGCACCAGACGCUGCACACCGGCCAGCGGCCCUUCAAGUGCGCAGAUUGCGGGGUGGCCUUCGCACAGCCCUCACGCCUUGUGCGCCACCAGCGCAUCCACACUGGCGAGAGGCCCUUUCCCUGUGCGCAGUGUGGCCAGGCCUUUGCCCGCUCCUCCACCCUGAAGAGGCACCAACAGAUCCACUCUGGGGAGAAGGGCUUCCUCUGUGCUGAGUGCGGCAGGGCCUUUCGCAUUGCUUCUGAGCUGGCGCAGCACAUCCGCGUGCACAACGGCGAGAGACCCUAUCAGUGUGAAGACUGCGGCCAGGCCUUCACCAGGUCCAAUCACCUCCAGCGACACCAAGCCAAGCACAGGUGCAAGAAGGAGCCCAUUCUUGUUUGCUCUGACGAGUGAAGGAUCCACCAGAAAACUCUCAGGGAAGGUGAAGACACUCUUAACCUCAGUGCCUGGAGCCCUCCUCCGUGAAUGAGCUGCUUACACGAUGUUGCCAACUAGUCUCUCCUCCUUGGAGGUCACCAACCAUGUGGUGGUGCCUUUGAUUUGCUACUUGACCUCUCUGGUGCACAACAACUGGAGGCUUGCUUUCUUUUGCAUCUCAGAGGCCGUAUUUAAUUAGAAAAGUAUAAGACAAAGUAGGGAGAGCAGCUCUCGACGCCACCCCCUUGCUUGCAGGAUCUCAAAUCAAUUGGAAAUUAUAGAAUUAUAGGAUGGAUCCUAUCUUGGGCACAGGAAGGGAAAAAAUGGUCAUGUCCUGUCCUUAAAGUCACAAGCUUUAAGACACAGAGCCGUGUUUACACGCAUAAAGAAAACCACAGAACAUUCUCUGUCAUAGAGAAUAUCUAUCUUCCAAAGCUACAAAGCUCCACCCAGAAUAACUCAGAUUCAGCCAGCUAGCCCAUCUUUUUUUCCUUUCCUACGGAAAUGACUUUACCCUUGGGGGAUGUCUUUAUAAGUUUUGGCUUUGAAGUAAAGACCUUUAACAUAAAGACAAGAGAGAUUUAUGACCCAUGUUUAGGAGCCAGUUACUCUGAGGUCCGGAACAGCCUGAGCACCUGCUGAGG